AGUUAUUCAGCAAGACCUUGUUACAGUCAUUGGCCAAUAAAAGUGAUACAAAAUAUAAAAUAAUUAGUAUUUAAAUAACAACGUCCCUCUAGUUAUGUCUGACGUGAUAAAGUUCAAACUCCGUAAAGAUGAACUUGUGAUGUUAGCUCUCGUCUAUCUCUACUUGAUGAUAUGCCCCUUUAACAAGGUAGAAGAGAGCUUCAACACGCAAGCGAUUCACGACAUGAUUUACAACACUAAAUACCUCUACUAUUACGACCACAUCUCAUUUCCAGGAUCAGUUCCCCGCACGUUUGUGGGCGCCCUAACAGUAGCGCUACCCACCGGCGCUGUCUCCUACCUGUCACAAUGCCCUAAAGCUAUCACCUACUCCCUGGCUAGGAUGGUUCUGGGGCUGUACGUGGUCUGGAGUUUUAGUACGUUCAGAAGGGCUGUCAAGAAGAUAUUCGGGGGCACUACAGCCAGCUGCUUGAUGUGGAUCACGUGCUCACAGUUCCACUUUAUGUUCUACGCUUCUAGAACCCUCCCUAAUACCUUUGGGAUGUGUUGUCUCCUGUUGUCUACUGCGUACUGGAUCAACAAAGAAUGGGAAUCUUUCCUUUGGUGGGCAGGAUUGGGAGUAUUGGUAUUCAGAUCAGAGCUAGUCAUUUUACUGGGGCCCAUGUUGCUAUUGGAGAUGGUUUCCGGCAAACUUAAAAUCAACGAGCUGAUAACACCAGGGCUCCAGACGGCCGCUCUAAUCCUAGUAGCCUGCUGUUCAGUAGACAGCUACCUGUGGAGAUACACGGUGUGGCCCGAAGCAAUGGUGCUCUAUUACAAUACCUGGCUUAAUAAGAGCAGUGACUGGGGCACUCUCCCUCUGCUAUGGUAUUUCUACUCUGCACUGCCCCGCGCGAUGUUGUUAGCACUCCCCCUAUCAGUUGUUGGGUGUCUAACAGACCGGAGAGUAAUGAACUUUGCCGCACCAGCGCUUCUUUUUGUAGCGCUUUACUCCUUGCUACCUCACAAAGAACUCAGAUUUGUCCUGUAUGCUGUACCUCUACUGAACGUGGCUGCAGCCUAUACGCUCUCUCAGCUCUGGAGUAAAGGACAACUUGCUAAGCUGGUUGUAGUGGGGGGCUUUGCUGGCCAUCUCCUUUGUUGUGGUUUGUUCCUGUCUGCCUCACACCACAACUACCCUGGUGGUUACGCCCUACAAGCACUCCACAACCAAGCCCCCUGUUCUCAAAACACAACUGUUUAUAUCGGCAACUUCGCUGCACAGAAUGGCGUGUCGCGCUUCGGCGAGAAGUGUGAGUCUCUUUAUGGUGAUCGCCGCUGGAAUUACGUCAAAACAGAAACUUUGGACGUUGAGACAAUCAGAAACUUUAACAUACUGCUGGUUGAGCCAAAAGAGGCACAUCACUAUCAGUUCACACAUUCUGUGGUUGAAAAGUUUCAUGUCUAUGCUGGAUUACAGUUCACCAAGGAUCCACCUUUUGUGCUGACCAAGAAAAAAGAAGCUAUUUAUUUGAUGAAGUCUAAAAAGAUUAAGAAGAAAGUUUAUGUGAAAGACUCGUAGCGCAAAUACUACAUAUUAUUUUAACAUGUUUCUCGUUGCCAACAAAUUUACAUAUAAACCACCAUAUUUAUGAGAACUAUCCUGGAUUGAACACGCUUUGCAUAUAAUUUACGAUUACAGAAGUAGCAGUGCAUGUUUCCUUAUCUUAACAAUAACUCCUAUCCAGUGGUAGACACGUUAUGCAUCUUUACUCUUCAGACUUAUGUUUACAUACUAUGAUUAUAUAUACUUGACCUGUUACUGAAUCGUUGCAGUUUCUUUUUCUAACUUACUGCUCACUCCUAACUUUCCAUUAUAUAAUAUCAGUGCUUACGUAUGUUUUAUUAAUUUAUUGAUGCGGAAAUCGUGUUCUAUAUCUAUUAUCUAAAGCAUGAAUACAAUUAUAUUUUAGAUAAGUUAUUUUCGAAUUUUGAUUGCAAAUGGUUUGAAUUUUUAACGGGUAUUAUAAUUUUGUUUGAUUAGUUUAUCUUUUUUUGUUCGUAUUUUGAUUAAUAAUAUUAUAUAAUACUUUAUAACAGCAUACUAC